CCCUUCUGUUGUACUGCAGUUACGAGGUGGGCUUCGAUGGAGGACCACAUGGCGGGGCACAACAAGGAGAAGCGUUAUGAGUGUGACGUGUGUGGCAAGGCCUGGCUGAGCCCGAGCCAGCUGGAGACCCACCGGAGGGUGCACACGGGAGAACGGCCCUUCGACUGCUCGGAGUGCGGCAAGAACUUUGCCCGCUAUGACAAACUGGUGCAGCACAACCGCGUGCACACAGGCGAGAGGCCGUUCACCUGCUCCGACUGCAACAAGAGCUUCAAGACUGCGCAGGUCCUGAAGAUGCACCGACGGGUGCACACGGGCGAGAAGUCCUAUGGCUGCUCCACCUGCGGCAAGAGCUUUACCCGGUUGUCGGGGCUGCAGGUGCACCGGCGGGUGCACAGCAAUGAGCGGCCCUUCACCUGCUCCGACUGCGGCAAAGGCUUCAAGUCAUCGACAGACCUGAAGGUGCACAGACGCCGGCACACCGGGGAGCGGCCCUACACCUGCAGCGACUGCGGCAAGGGCUUCACCCAGUCCCACAGCCUUCUGAUGCACCGGCGCACCCACACCGGGGAGCGGCCCUUCACCUGCAGCGACUGCGGCAAAGGCUUCAAGUCAUCCAAGGACCUGAAGGUGCACAGGCGCAUGCACACCGGGGAGCGGCCCUACACCUGCAGCGACUGCGGCAAGGGCUUCACCCGCUCCAGCAACCUGCUGGUGCACCAGCGCACCCACACCGGCGAGCGCCCCUACACCUGCGCCCAGUGCGGCAAGGGCUUCACCCAGUCCAGCAACCUGCUGAAGCACCAGCGCACCCACACCGGCGAGCGCCCCUACAUCUGCGCCCAGUGCGGCAAGGGCUUCACCCAGUCCAGCAACCUGCUGGAGCACCAGCGCAUCCACACCGGCGAGCGUCCCUACACCUGUGCCCAGUGCGGCAAGGGCUUCACCCGCUCCACCUACCUGCUGGUGCACCAGCGCACCCACACCGGCGAGCGUCCCUACACCUGCUCCCAGUGCGGCAAGGGCUUCACCCACUCCAGCAACCUGCUGAAGCACCAGCGCACCCACACCGGCGAGCGCCCUUACACCUGCCUCCAGUGCGGCAAGGGCUUCAGUCACUCCAGUGACUUGCUGGUGCACCAGCGCAUCCACACCAGCGAGCGUCCCUACACCUGCAGCGACUGCGGCAAGGGCUUCACCCAGUCCAGCAGCCUGCUGGUGCACCAGCGCAUCCACACCGGCGAGCGUCCCUACACCUGCGCCCAGUGCGGCAAGGGCUUCACCCAGUCCAGUGACCUGCUGGUGCACCAGCGCAUCCACACCGGCGAGCGCCCCUACACCUGCGCCCAGUGCGGCAAGGGCUUCACCCAGUCCAGUGACCUGCUGGUGCACCAGCGCAUCCACACCGGCGAGCGUCCCUACACCUGCGCCCAGUGCGGCAAGGACUUCUCCUGCUCCUCCAGGCUGAUGUCCCACCAGCACACCCACACCGGCGACCGUCCUGUCCCCAACCCGGUGUGUGGAGAGCGCUUUACCAUGGCCUCCCACGCCCUGUCUCACCAGAGCGUGCAUACCAGUGGCCAGCCCUACAUCUGCCCAUACUGCGGUGAGGCGUUUGACAGCUCGCGGGGGUUGCGGCAGCACCGGCGGGCCCAUGCCGGCGAGCUGCAGCUCCCACUGCGGCAAGAGUUUCAAGAGCGCAGGGGGGCUGCGGGAGCACUAGCGGGUACACACCGGAGAGAGACCCUUUGUGUGCGCUGAGUGUGUCAAGGGUUUCACCCACAUGUCCAGCCUGUAGCAGUACCGGAGUACCCACAGCGGUGAGUGUCCCUUCCCCUGCCCGUCCUGUGAUAAGAGUUUCAUCCGCAUUCACCACCUGCUGGAGCACUGGCGAGUCCACACCGACCAGCACCCCUUCACCUGCCCGGUCUGUGCCAAGGUCUUUUUCCGCUCCUCCAGCAUGCUGGCACACCGCCACGUGGAUAGGUAGGCACUGGCGGGUUUGGGUUCAGAUUUAUUAACAAUUGCAACAAUUGUGGAAGCUCUCACAUUGGUAAACAGGAGAAAUCACUGGCUUUUGGAAAGAUUUGCCAUGGUUGCAAACGCAUAGACCAUUUCUGGAAGUGCUCCAGCACCAGCGAGUCAAAACAAACUGUGCUACACUCUGAGCUUUCACACUACUUAUCUGACGCUGCUACUGAAAACAUGUCCCACAUAGUUCACCUUGCCUUCAGUGGACGGAGUCUAUCUCAAAACAUAUUCUGUCCGAGACCAACUUCAGAUACAGAGAUCCCGUGGUCACGUUAAAGAUAAACCAUGUGACUGUUGUUACAAACAGGUGCAAGAUGCAAUGUGAUGUCUCAAGCUGAGUUUGCAGGACUUUGUAAAGCAGAGAAAUGAAACACGUGAUGCAACCCUUCUAGAAUAUGGGGGGAGCGAGUUGCUUCCCAUCGCAGUGGUGGAGCUGCAGUAACACUAUAACUAUGGUGACCCCAUACUUCACUACCAUAAAGCAAAAUAGGCUGGAUUACAGUCAAAUAUUUUAAGCCAGAUUUUAAUUGGAAUUUGUAUGUUGUAGAAUCUUCUUUUUAUUGCAUACAGAGCUCUUCGAGCUUUCUCUUUUAGUGCAUUCACUGUCAUAUUGAAGCUCCCUGAUGCUGCAACAGUUAGACCAAGGUAAGUAUAGCUCAUAGUGUGUUCGAUAACAAUACCAUUGAGAGUAAAUUUGUAUUUAUCUUCCUGACAUCUGGGUCUUUUCUGAAAAAUCAUGAUGUUGGUUUUCUUUAGAUUUACUGCCAGGGCCCAAUUUUGGCAGUACUCAUCAAGUAGGUCCAACUGUUGCUGCAGCCCCUGUUCAGUGGGCGACAGCAGAACCAAGUAAUCCGCAUAAAACAGGGAUUUAACCUCUCCGUCCAGAAGACAGAGGCCCGGCGCUGUGCUCUGGUCCAACUUUACUGCCAAAUUGUUGAUAUAUACAUUAAACAGUGUCGGGCUCAGAUUGCAGCCUUGUCGGACACCUCUUCUCUGGGCGAAGAGAUAAGUACGUUUGUCCCCAAUUUUAAUGCCACAUUUAUUAUUCAGAUACAUUGAUUUGAUAAGGUCAUAUACCUUAUACCUAUACCACAACAGAGGUGUUUGUAAUAGAGCCCUUCAUGCCAAAUGGAGUCAAAUGCUUUCUCAAAGUCAAUAAAACAGGCAAAUAUUUUCCCAA